AUGGCUAAGGCCAGCGUGGAGCUCACCCGCGAGAUGCAAGACAGCAUCCGGAGGUGUCUGAACCAAGGAGCUGUGCUCCAACAACAUCGUGUGAAGUUGGAAACAAAGCCCAAGAAGUUUGAUGACCGAGUGCUGGCCCUGACUGCUUGGCGCCUACACCUCUUCCCCCUCAAAGUCCCAGCAAAGGUGGAGAGCUCCUUCAAUGUUCUGGAGAUCCGAGCCUUCAACACGCUCAGUCAGAACCAGAUCCUGGUAGAGACAGAGCGUGGCAUGGUGAGCAUGAGGCUGCCAUCAGCUGAGAGCGUGGACCAGGUGACGCGACAUGUGAGCUCUGCCCUCUCCAAGGUCUGCCCUGGCCCUGGGUGUUUAAUCCGGCGUGGAAAUGCAGACACCCCAGAAGGGCCCCGAGACACAUCCCCCAACUCUGAGACUUCCACAUCUACCACUCACAGUGUCUGUGGUGGCUUCUCCGAGACCUACGCGGCCCUGUGUGACUACAACGGGCUGCACUGCCGUGAGGAGGUGCAAUGGGAUGUGGACACCAUCUACCAUGCUGAGGAUAACCGAGAGUUCAAUCUUUUGGAUUUCAGCCACUUGGAGAGCCGAGACUUGGCCCUAAUGGUGGCCGCCCUGGCAUACAACCAGUGGUUCACCAAACUCUACUGCAAAGACCUGCGGCUGGGCUCUGAAGUGCUAGAACAGGUGCUACAUACCUUGAGCAAGUCAGGGAGCCUUGAAGAGCUGGUGCUGGACAACGCCGGGCUUAAGACGGACUUUGUACAGAAGCUGGCCGGGGUGUUUGGGGAGAACGGGAGCUGUGUGCUGCAUGCCCUCACUCUGUCCCACAACCCCAUCGAGGACAAGGGUUUCCUCAGUCUGAGCCAGCAGCUCCUCUGCUUCCCCACUGGUCUCACCAAACUGUGCUUGGCCAAGACUGCCAUUUCCCCUCGAGGGCUGCAAGCACUGGGCCAGACCUUCGGGGCCAACCCGGCCUUUGCCAGCUCCCUUCGAUACCUGGACCUGAGCAAAAACCCUGGGCUGCUCGCCACGGACGAGGCCAACGCCUUCUAUAGUUUCCUGGCCCAGCCCAAUGCCCUGGUACACCUGGACCUGUUGGGGACUGACUGUGCCAUCGACUUGCUUCUGGGUGCCCUGCUCCAUGGCUGCUGCUCCCACCUUACCUACCUCAACCUGGCUCGCAACAGCUGCUCCCACAGGAAGGGCCGGGAAGCCCCACCGGCCUUCAAGCAAUUCUUCAGCAGCGCCUACACCCUGAGCCAUGUCAACCUGUCAGCCACAAGGCUGCCCCUGGAGGCCCUCAGGGCACUGCUUCAGGGCCUCUCCCUCAACAGUCACCUCAGUGAUCUGCACCUGGACCUCAGCAGCUGUGAGCUCCGCUCAGCGGGAGCCCAGGCCUUGCAGGAGCAGCUGGGGGCUGUCACCUGUGUGGGCAGCCUGGAUCUGUCGGACAAUGGGUUCGACUCGGACCUUCUGACACUGGUGCCUGCACUUGGCAAGAACAAGUCCCUCAAGCACCUGUUCCUGGGCAAGAACUUCAAUGUCAAGGCCAAGACCCUGGAGGAGAUCCUCCACAAGCUGGUGCAACUGAUCCAGGAAGAGGACUGUUCCCUGCAGUCGCUGUCAGUGGCAGACUCCCGGCUAAAGCUUCGCACCAGCAUCCUCAUCAAUGCCCUGGGCAGCAACACCUGCCUGGCCAAGGUGGAUCUGAGUGGCAAUGGCAUGGAGGACAUCGGAGCCAAGAUGCUGUCUAAGGCCCUGCAGAUAAACUCCUCCCUCAGAACUAUCCUAUGGGAUCGGAAUAAUACAUCUGCCCUGGGCUUCCUGGACAUUGCAAGGGCCCUGGAGAGCAACCACACACUGCGCUUCAUGUCCUUCCCCGUGAGCGACAUCUCCCAAGCCUACCGCAGUGCCCCCGAGCGCACAGAGGAUGUCUGGCAGAAGAUCCAAUGGUGCUUGGUCAGGAACAACCACUCCCAGACAUGCCCCCAGGAGCAGGCCUUCAGGCUGCAGCAGGGCCUGGUGACCAGCAGCGCCGAGCAAAUGCUGCAGCGGCUAUGUGGACGAGUGCAGGAAGAGGUGCGGGCACUGAGACUGUGCCCCCUGGAGCCCGUGCAGGAUGAGCUGCUCUAUGCUCGGGACCUCAUCAAGGAUGCCAAGAACUCUCGGGCGCUGUUUCCCAGCCUCUAUGAGCUGGGCCACGUGCUGGCCAAUGAUGGGCCUGUGCGGCAGAGGCUGGAGUCAGUAGCCAGUGAGGUCUCCAAGGCUGUGGACAAGGAGCUUCAGGUGAUCUUGGAGUCCAUGGUCAGCCUAACACAGGAGUUGUGCCCUGUGGCCAUGCGGGUAGCUGAGGGGCACAACAAGAUGCUGAGCAAUGUGGCGGAGCGUGUCACUGUACCCCGGAACUUCAUCCGAGGGGCGCUGCUGGAGCAGGCGGGACAGGACAUUCAGAACAAACUGGAUGAAGUGAAGCUCUCAGUUGUCACCUACUUGACCAACUCCAUAGUGGACGAGAUUCUGCAAGAGCUCUAUCACUCCCACAAGAGCCUGGCACGACACCUGACCCAGCUAAGAACACUGUCGGAUCCACCAGGGGGACAAGGCCAAGGGCAAGAUCUGUCCUCCCGGGGCCGAGGCCGGAACCAUGACCAUGAGGAGACCACAGAUGAUGAACUUGGGACCAACAUUGACACCAUGGCUAUCAAAAAGCAGAAACGUUGCCGCAAGAUCCGCCCGGUAUCUGCCUUCAUCAGUGGGAGCCCUCAGGACAUGGAAAGCCAACUGGGGAACCUGGGGAUCCCCCCAGGCUGGUUCUCAGGACUCGGGGGCAACCAGCCGACAGCUAGUGGUUCCUGGGAAGGUCUAUCCGAACUGCCCACUCAUGGCUAUAAACUAAGGCACCAAACACAAGGCAGGCCCCGGCCCCCCCGCACCACCCCUCCAGGACCUGGUCGGCCCAGCGUACCAGCACCUGGGACUCGUCAGGAGAAUGGGAUGGCCACCCGCCUGGACGAGGGCCUGGAGGAUUUCUUCAGCCGCAGGGUCAUGGAUGAAAGUUCCAGAAGAAGAGGCGCCGCCCCAACUCAGGAGAGCCCCCCCAGCCCAGACCCCCCAAGCCUCGGCAAUAACUCCUCUCCCUGCUGGAGCCCAGAGGAGGAGAACGGCCUUCUCCCUGGAUUUGGGGGCAGCCGGGGGCCUUCCUUCCGCAGGAAAAUGGGCACAGAGGAGUCGGAGCCAGGGGAGGGGAGCCCGGCCCCUGGGACAGCACAGCAACCAAGGGUACACGCUGUAGCUCUUCCUGGGUUGGGAAGAGCCAAGGGUUGGAGCUUCGAUGGGAAACGAGAGGGCACAGGCCCAGACCUGGAGGGCAGCACCCACUCUUGGCAGAAACGGCGUUCUUCAGAUGAUGCAGGGCCUGGGGCCUGGAAGCCCCCACCACCACCCCAAAGCAGCAAGCCAAGCUUCAGUGCCAUUCGCCGAGCAGAGGCCACGUGGCACAUAGCUGAGGAGAGUGCCACCAAUCACAGCUCCCAGAGCCCCAGCCCAGCCUCCCAAGAUGGAGAGGAGGAGAAAGAGGGGGCCCUGUUCCCAGAGAGGAUGGUUCCAGCUAGGAAUGCCAAGCUGCAGGACCCCCCUUUAGCUCCACGGCCCCCUAAGCCGGUGGCCAUGCCCAGGGGCCGCUGGCCUCCCCAGGAGCCAGGGGACAGGGAGGAGGCUGAGGCCGGGGGUGCAGCCCCAGGAGUCAACAAACCCCGACUGAGGCUGGGCUCACAGCAAGACAAAGAGGAGCCUGAGGCCCAAGGGCCCCCUGAUCCGGGCCGCCGGACUGCCCCACUGAAACCCAAGAGGACACGGCGGGCACAGUCCUGCGACAAGCUGGAGCCUGAUAGAAGACGGCCCCCUGACCCCACAGGAACCAGUGAGCCAGGAACAGACUGACAGCUGCUGUAACACCUCCCCUGCCCUCCUCUCGACAUGUGCCUCACAAGGACUCAGACCCCCAUCGAACACCCCCCAACCCCAUUCCCCCAGGCCCUGCUGCCAGCGCCUGUCCUACAGGAGCAGGACAGCAGGACCAAACAGGGGGAGCAAGAGGCGGUGACAGGAAGGGAGGGAGCAACCUCGAGAGAGGGAGGCUCUCUAUGCCUUCCUCUGUGCCUCGCUCUGCAGAGAACUUUGGGGGGGCUGUCUCCUCCCCCGGUGGGCGGAUCUCUGUCUCUCUAUCCCCAGGGGCUCUCUCCCCACUUGUAUAGAAUAAAGCAACAAAAUCA